GUCCCAGAACAGAGUGUCGGAACGUUGAGACAGUGAUUAGGGAAAAGGCAGGAGAAGUUUUAAAUAACUUUUUCCCAAUCUGGGAAAACAAGCAACCCGGUAUAUCAGGAAUUAAAGCUAAAAUACUGAUACAAUAAAAUUAUUUUUCAGAUCAAUGAUCUGGAGAAUCGGAAAGAACACACGGGAUAUAUCCUACUUAUAAAACUUUGUUUUGAAGAAAUAGAAUCUAUUGUAGAUUUUAGACUGAUCGUAACUAAGCGUAAAGAUUUUAAGGAUUUUAAAGCACUUUUUUUGUAUUGUCUAUUUUCCCAAAGAAAAUGAACACCAAUUCUCUUCACCCUCUGCCGGGACAGCAAGUUAUCCAUGUCGCCCAGGACCUCGACACGGAUCUGGAACAGCUCUUCAAUUCGGUCAUGAACCCCAAGCCGAGUUCCUGGAGGAAAAAACUUCUCCCAGAGUCCUUUUUCAAGGAGCCAGAGUCAGGCUCGCAUUCCCGGCAGUCUAGCACCGAUUCGGGCAGCCUCCCUCCCCGGUUGACGGUUCAACAUGUCCGAUCACAUUCCUCCCCUGCCUCUCUCCAGCUUGGGACUGGAGCCAGCGCGACCCCCAGCCCGACUCAGCACGCACAUCUCCGCCAGCAGUCCUUCGAUGUCGCCGAUGAACUGCAGUUGCCACCAGGCUGGGAAAUGGCAUUCACCCCGUCCGGACAGAGAUAUUUUCUAAACCACAUGGAAAAGAUAACCACAUGGCAGGAUCCACGAAAGACCAUGAGCCAAGCGAUGAACCAGAUGAGCCUCCAUCCACCGGCUACAUCCACUCCAAUGCAGCAGAGAUCGAUGGCAAUGUCUCAACCAAACCUGGGACAAUUGCCUGAAGGCUGGGAACAAGCAACAACAUCUCAGGGAGAAAUGUACUUCAUUCACCACAAAACCCAAAGCACGUCCUGGCUCCACCCGCGGUUGGAUGCAAUGAUGAACCAUCACCACCAGCAGCAGCAGCAGCAGCAGCAGAUGACCUCCAAUCCCCCAGUCUCCCAGCAGAACCUCCCACCCUCCAAUGCCCAGGCUGGGAUGAUAAACCUGCCUAACGCACUGACCGCCCAGCAGCAGCUCCAACAGAAGAUGAGGCUGCAGAGGAUCCAGCUGGAGAGAGAACGCAUCCGCAUGAGACAGGAGGAGCUCAUGAGACAGGAGGUGGCGCUGUGCAGACAGCUUCCCAUGGAAUCGGACAAUAUGGCUCAAAUACAGACAGCAGUCAACACACCCGCCAUGACACAGGACAUGAGAACCAUGCCAACCAACGGCUCUGACCCCUUCCUAAACAGCGGACCAUACCACUCCAGGGAACAGAGCACAGACAGCGGGCUAGGGUUAGGCUGCUACAGCAUCCCCACUACUCCCGAAGAUUUUCUCAACAAUGUCGAUGAAAUGGACACCGGAGAGAGCAUGACUCAGACCACCAUGUCCGUAAACCAGCAGAGCCGCUUCCCAGACUUUCUGGACUCGCUCCCGGGAACCAACGUGGACCUCGGCACGCUGGAGGGAGAAGACCUGAUCCCGAUCCUCAACGACGUGGAGUCCGUGCUCAACAAGAGUGAGCCCUUCCUCACCUGGCUCUAGGCAGGGUGGAGCUUCAACAAACAAAAAACACAAACUGUUCACGUUUCCUUUUGGAGGGCGAGGGAUGUAGAGCAAACAAACCCACCACCCCAUCCAGCUAACAAGACUUUCUAUUUCUGCUUUCUCUCAUAGCCUUUUCAAGUGACACUUAUUUUCUGUCACAUGUAGACAAUAUUUACUACAUUUAAUGUACUCCCUUUGUGGUCUACCAUUCAUAACUCUAGAAUAUAGACCUUUGCUUCAUCCUCUGCCCCAUGGGAAUAAACACCCGAUGCUUGUUGCUCAUAAUGAACCAAAGGACAUGCUGCAUUGCUGAGAAAGGCUUGGUUUGAUUCAGGCACUCUGAUGCAGAGUACAAGUUUGGUGAACUUAUUUAUAGAUGGUACCAAAUACUUUUAUAUAAUGUAUUUGUGAAAAGUAAAGCUUUAAUGAUUAUACAUAAACUGUAUGUUUACAGUUUCAAGUAUUUUUUUAAACACAAUUACAAUAAACACACUUUGCUAGCCAAUCAAAGAAACCAAUUAGGUAUUCUAGUUUCUGGUGCCAUGUUAGAUUUCUAGAAAUACAGCUUGCGUUUUGAUCUUGAUUACAUUAAAGACACCGUUUUUGUUUGUUUGUUUGUUUGUUUUUUUGUUUUUUAGAUUGAAUUUGGGAAGAAUCAUUGAUUUUAAAAAUAGGUGUGUGAUGUUUUAAGCACUAGAAGUCAGCGAUGAAUUGUAAGAUUUCUCCAAAAAAACAAAAAUCAAUGUUGUAUGUUUUGGGAGAAGAUUUUAAAUACAGUUUUUAGGGCCCACUUUGUAAAUUGUAACUUUUAAUGCAAAAAAAUGUGUUCGCAUGGCAUCAUAAUGCAGACUUUUUAUAUUAACUUCAACUUGUGAGAAUAUUAUAUUUGCAAAGUGGGCUAGAAUUAUGUACCUAAAGACAACAACAUAGAAAUGUGUGCUGCAGGGAUUCCGAAAAAAAUCUAUAAUUCUGUAUUACUUGGGUUGACUAAGUAUUAAUGUACAUAAAAUUAGUGAUAUCUUCAGUUAGAAAAAUAUGGGUUGAAUAUCAGUAUCAUAAGAAACUCUGAAGUCCACCUGCAGCACAACUUGAUCAUUUGUGAUGGUAAUCUUGUAUUUCUUUCUUGCAUGUUGGAUGCCUUACCUGCUAUUCCUGAUAUAGGUGAUUUAUAAUCAUGUUAUUUAUCAUGUCCUCUAUAUUAUUUUAUUUUAUACAGUCCUAUUCGUGAAACCGUAGCAUAUGCCUUAUUUAAAGACUGUUUUCACUAUUAAUUUGGUAUCCAUGAACUGUUUAUUAAAGAGUCUAUGCAGUUUUUUUUUUUAACAGUCUCUACCUUUUUAAAUGUUUACAAACACUUAAAAAAGACUGUCUUUGAAUGAAGAGCCAGCUAGAGUUUCAUGCGAAGGGCUUAUAGACUUUAAAGGACUGAGAAAGCAACAAAGCUGCUGGAUUAUUAAAAACAGAAUGAAUACAUAAAGCAGUUCCUCCAGCACUGCUCAUGACGUCCAAGCAAAGCCAGCUUCUGUAAACUGAAUCUAAAGUAUAUUAACUUUAUUUGUUGGACUCUUACGUACACAGGAGUCCAGAGUUCUAGUUCCUGUGACUCAUCUGUUAUAAAACGAGGGGAUCACCGUCUGCCAGCUUUUCUUGCGUGAGGGGGAACAGACUAAACAUUUGCAGGAUGUUGCGCUGUGUUUGCACAGGGAGAACUUUUGAGAUUAUUCUGUCCAACAAAGGGGGAAAAAGCAGGUAAAAGAACGGUCAGUGUGAAUGCUCUUGGCAAAAGCACUGAGAAGAAGAUUGCAGUUUCUAAGAGUUAAUGGAUGGCUACAUCUAAACAGAAAGUCAGUAAAUCGUACACUAAAUAAAGAAAAUGCUCAGUGAGUAUCCCAAAUUAAACUGGCUCCAUGGAAAUUAAGCUCUGUUAUUUUCUACUAUAUGGUAUUAUUACGAUAAAAAAAAAAAAAAAAAAAAAAAAAAAAAACUCUGGUAAAAGUAUUAGUUAUCCGAAUGUAGAAAACCUCCAAAGUCAUUAUAGUAACCAGAAUCGCCCCAAAAUUGUAUUUUUUUCCUGCUAACAUUGAAUUAGUUGCUGUAUAGCAGUCAGAAAAAUGCCCCAUCAGCGAGGUACAUGAAAAGGUGGAGCCAGGUCACAUUUCCAGUCAUGAUACAUGCAGUGCCUGGAUUUACUGGGAUGCAAUGACAAGUCCUCCCUGUGCUCUUAUCAGUAGAAGGUUUUAGUAUAUGUGAGUGGUGAUAGCAUGUCAGUAAAUGCUGGAAUCGCAAACUAAUGUUGUUACAUGCAACCGUGUGGAGUUCACAUAUAAGAAUGUAACCCUCCAUGUGGAGAUUUAGUCAUGUAAUGCGCUCUCUCUCUCUCUCUCUCUCUCUCUCUCUCUCUCUGUUUUAAUAGAAUAUUGAUUGUUAAGAUAUUAGAUAUGUUUCUCUGUAAGCGUGAUACAUACUGUUUUGUGCCUGUUGUUUUCAAGUGAGGUGUGUGUUUCUGUUGUUCUUGUUUUUGUAUAUGUCAAACCGAUCACAUUACAGUUUAUCAUACACA